AUGGCGUCUUCUACGUCAUCAGAAAAGGUGCCCGCCCUCUUCGGAUGUCCUUGUAUAUGGAGUCACGUCCCCCUCUACGGCGCCGCAAAGCAACGCCCCGUCUACCAUCAUGCGCUUGCCAAGCCUGGCGCGCCGGGCCUCACCCGUCGUCUUCCCUCCGAAAUCAUUCUUUGUAUUGUUGACGCCCUAUUUGACAUCCACGCAAAAGAGGUCUCCCUUGGUUACGAAAAGUACUGGGAGUCCUCCUGUCUGCCCUAUGAGACGGACAAGAUCUGCCCCUUUUGCAUGCAGCCCCGCUUCGACGUCUGGCGGGACGUGGCCAAUCUUGCUGCUACAUGCCGCGAGCUUUACGAGCUGGUGACGCCCGUGCUAUACCGUCGUGACGCGCAGAGGAAUCACGCCUCUGCAUUGUUGAUCGCGGCCAAAGAGGGCAAUGAGCGAGCUGUAAGCUUGGCGCUGGAGCACGGGGCCGAUGCCGACGCAGACGAUCAUACCAUGCCGCUGCAGUGGACGAAUGAGUGUUUCCGGAACUGCGAGAAGUGUGAAUAUCAGGUUUGGUGGAGGGAGCCUAGAAGGCUCGAUCUAGGGGCGCUCCACUGGGCUGCGAUCUGUGGCCGGCAAGAGAUACUUGUGCAGCUACUGAGCCGCGGGGCCGACGCUAACAAGAGGGCGACGGUCCAUCAUGUGCUUGAUGCUGGCAACUACGGGUCCUUGCGGUACGUGGAAGACUUUUGCGACGAAUACAAUGCCAGUUUUCCCUGCGAGGCGCUACAGUCUACGAUGGGUUUCCGGCCAGAACUGAGUCCUACCGGGGCAAAUGCGUUGUACUUUUUACUCGGAACCCGGGGGUUUGGGGGCCAAGACAGGAUUUUGAGGAUGGUGACGGCACUGGUCGAGGCGGGAUCAUCGUUGAUUACUCACAAAGGGGUCGCGCUUCAUGCGCUUCACCAAGCUGCUGCUUACGAAAACUUUCAAGUCACAGAGUAUCUCUUGAAGGGGGUGGAGGUCGAUCCGGACGUGGUGGAUGUGACUGGAAACACGGCAGUGCACCAUCACCUCUUGUCUAGGUUCAGAACAGCGGGGCAGAAAGAUGAGCGAAUGCUUACGACUCUCAUCCAAAACGGAGCUAAUAUCGAUAUACGAAACACGCGGGGCCUGUCACCACUGGACUUAUGCUUGGAGACGGCUACAAUAACCAACGACAAGUUCAAAGUCGCCGUGUUGCUUGCCAGACAUGGAUCAACUAUACCAGACCAUGAUUUGAUUCGUUAUCGGUCUAGACUAAGUGAAACACAAGCUAACGAACUUGAUUUGGCUCUUCAUGAGGCGAGAAACCUGGUGAAACAUAACGGGCAUAGAAAUAUCUGA